GUCACUCUCGCCCGCGCUCGAUCACUCCGCCACCGCCACCGAUCCCUCCACACAAAAAAAAAAGAAAGUGAAACUACUCUUACACCUCCCCCUUUGGGCCUUUCCUCUCCCUUUCUUCUUCCCCACGCUCCGCCACCCCCCAAAACCCUAGCCCUAGCCAUAAACCCUAGCUCGCUCUUCUCCCUCUCGAAUCAGGGCAAUGGUGCGCGCGUACACGCAGGAGCACGUGUACCGGCACCCCUGGGACCGCGUGACCACGGCGGCGUGGCGCAAGUUCACCGACCCCGACACCCCCGCGGUGCUCUCCCACAUCCUCGACGUCCACACGCUCUCCCGGCGCCUCGACUCCGCCACGGGCCGCCUCCUCACCACCCGAUCCAUCACCGUGCGGUCGCCGACCCUCCCCUUCCUCGUCCGCCGCGUCCUCGGCCAGGACGCCGUCGUGUGCCACUGCGUCGAGUCCUCCGUCGUCGACGCCCCGCGCCGCUCCAUGGACAUCGUCGCCCGCAACGCCAGCCUCCGCGGCCUCAUCGAGGUCGAGGAGCGCUCCAGCUACCGCCCCCACCCCGAUCGCCCCGCGGAGUGGACGGUGUUUCGGCAGGAGACGAGCAUCCGCUGCAAGCCCCUCUCGGCGCUCGCCGCCGUGGCCGAGAAGGUGGAGCAGCGCUGCGCCGACAGAUUCCUGCAGAACAGCGUCAAGGGGCGGGAGGUCGUCGAGCGGAUCUGUAAGUACCUCGAGGCCGAGUCCUCCUCCGCCGCGGCCGCCGCCUCUUGUUGACGCGCUUCAUUGGUCCGAGAUUGAUUGCUCCAUCUCUUGCAUUUGCGCUUACUACUGGUCUUGGGAUCGUCAAUUGAAGUUUCAGAGCCCUUGGGUGUCUCGGAUUUGUUAGUCAACAGUUAGUUCUGAUCAAUGGGAGCUGGCUAGGAUAAAUCUUAGGUGGUUUGAUCUCUUAGAUCAUAAGAUAUUUGGUAUUCUUUUGUCGAACGAGAGUAGAUGAAACUGGAUUGGUGCGAUCGGGAUUGUGUGUUGUGUUUAAGGGCAACAUUGAAGCAUGCUAUUGUUUAAUUAAGCAUAUUAUGGACUACACGAAAACAAGAAGAAGAACAAGAGUGGAAUUGUUUUAGAAUCGGUCACACAUCUUAUUGACACGGUGUUCGAAUUGUUAAGUAGGAUUGUAGGAAGGAUUCUCCGAUUUCAUGUUGGUGAAUUUGUUUAUCAACAUGGCAUCUCAAUCUGUACCUUAGACCCCUUUUUUUAAAUCUUUCAAUAGAUUACAUCUUCUUGUUUGUUGUGCACGUAAUAAAUCAACCUGCGAUUAUCGAAUUUAA